CAAGGGAUAGCGCGCUGGCGUUGCUCGUCAUAAAAUGCGGUGACUGCUGCAACAGCUUAGACUUCUUUACAGAGCCUUCUGGUUCGUCCGACGUUUUAGUCUCAAAGUUGCCCUAUAAGUAACCCCGCCGCCAAAAUUCGCAGCGUUGGCGCUUACUUACUCUCUCUGAAGCACUCAAUCCCAUCCGAGAACGGGUCCAACUUGUUACAGUGCACCAGUCACUUGCCCCUCGCGGCUACCUGAAGCAUGUCCAUCAUAUCUGGCAUUGUGUCGAGCGCUCUGGAAAGGACAAAGCUCACAGCUUUUGGGAAUGUCGAACUUCCUCUCGUGGAUGAUGAACCCCUUGCCUCCGCUAAGGUGGAGGAUGAUGGCUUAGGAAAAUGUGAACUCCGUAUAGAGGGCAUGACGUGCGGUGCAUGUGUAGAGUCUAUCGAAGGCAUGCUUAGGUCACAAGCCGGCAUACAUUCAAUCAAAGUUGCACUUCUUGCUGAAAGGGGUGUGGUCGAGUAUGAUCCCUCAGUAUGGACGCCAGAGAAGAUUGUCAAUGAAAUUUCAGAUAUAGGAUUUGAUGCCACGGAAAUACCGAUGGCGCGGUCUGAUAUGGUUACAUUGCGGAUAUUCGGUAUGACCUGCGGUUCGUGCACAUCGACUGUAGAAUCUGGCCUACGCGGGAUGCCAGGCAUUACUAGUGUUGCCGUCUCACUCACCACCGAGACUGCCAAGAUAGAGUUCGAACCAAGUCUCGUCGGCCCUCGGGAAAUGGUCGAACACAUAGAGGAUAUGGGUUUCGAUGCCAUAUUGUCAGAUCAAGAAGAUGCCACGCAAAAACAGUCACUUGCCCGAACUAAGGAGAUCCAAGAGUGGGCCAGCCGCUUCAAAUGGGCGCUCGCAUUCGCCGUACCUGUUUUCUUCUUCAGUAUGAUCGCGAUGCACAUACCAUUUCUCCGACCUUUCAUCAGUUUUCAUAUAUUUAACGGUAUCUAUCUUGGCGAUCUUAUUCUCCUUGCCCUCACCACUCCCGCACAAUUCUGGGUCGGUCAAAAGUUUUAUCGGAAUGCGUUCAAGGCACUUAAACAUGGUACCGCGACUAUGGACGUCUUGGUCGUGAUCGGAACCUCUGCCGCCUACUUUUACUCAUUAAUUGCAUUGGUCUUUGCGGCGUUCAACACCACACCUGACUUCCGUCCUUUCAUCUUCUUCGACACAAGUACUAUGCUCAUCAUGUUUGUAUCUCUCGGACGUUAUCUCGAGAACCGCGCAAAGGGCAAGACAAGUGCUGCUCUGACAGAUCUCAUGGCCCUUGCACCAACAAUGGCCACGAUCUACACAGAUACACCAGCAUGUACGCAAGAGAAGCGCAUUCCCACGGAGUUGGUACAAGUAGGGGAUACCGUCAAGCUUGUCCCCGGGGACAAAGUGCCUGCUGACGGGACGGUCAUCCGGGGGUCAUCCACCGUGGAUGAAAGCGCUGUCACUGGCGAACCUGUUCCGGCGUUGAAACAGCCCGGAGACAGCGUUAUCGGGGGCACCGUCAACGGCCUCGGGACUUUUGACAUGCUCGUGACUCGUGCAGGCAAAGACACGGCGCUCGCACAAAUAGUCAAACUCGUCGAAGAGGCACAGACGUCCAAAGCACCAAUUCAGGCAUUCGCGGACCGUGUCGCGGGCUUCUUUGUUCCCGCUGUCAUCUCGCUCGCAGUACUCACCUUCGCUACGUGGAUGGUGGUCUCGAAUGUCAUCAGCGAGGAUAAACUCCCAGCUAUGUUCCAACGCCAUGGCGCGAGCCGGCUAGCAGUUUGUCUGCAGAUGUGCAUAUCGGUGGUGGUAGUUGCAUGUCCGUGUGCUCUGGGACUGAGUACACCAACUGCUAUCAUGGUUGGCACGGGUGUGGGUGCAAAUAACCAGAUCUUUAUCAAGGGCGGCAGGGCGCUGGAGGCCAGCCGGUCAAUUAAGCGGAUCGUGCUGGACAAAACAGGUACCGUGACGCAGGGAAAGCUCACUGUGGCGGGCAUGUCAUGGGUACCCCCACCGGAUUCCUCCGAGCUCCUGCCUGACGACAACGUCGGUUCUCAAUCUCUGUCAUUCAGAUGUGGCGAUGGCAUCACAACUCGCGCAGCUAUCAUAGCAAUGGUUGCUGUGACGGAGGGCAAGUCCGAGCAUCCUCUGGCCAAAGCCAUCGCUGCUCAUGGCAAGAGUCUGCUUGCCAGUGCCGAUGUCCAAACACCAGCAUUAGACAUGAAGUCUUUCGAGAGCGUGACUGGCGCUGGUGUGAAAGCCCUUAUCGCGUUAUCUGGUUCCCACUACACUUUAUAUAUCGGAAACGCGCGGUUCAUAACACAAUCCAACGAUGCACAACUCCCUUCCAUUUUGACGAACUACGAGGCUCAAGAGAGCAAACUUGGUCGCACGGUGAUCUUCGUUUCUUCGUCACGGGCAUCUUCUGCUCCGUUACCCCUGCUUGCAGUUUCUUUGGCGGACGCACCCAAGCCCUCAUCUGCACAGGCAGUCAAAGCACUGCGGGCCAUGGGGAUUGAGGUGAACAUGAUGACUGGUGAUGGAAUGGUCACGGCGCUGGCGGUUGCCAGACAAGUGGGGAUUAAAUCUGAGGGCGUUUGGGCCAAUAUGAGUCCCAAAGGCAAGGCAUCCCUUGUUACGGAUCUUAUGAAGCAAGGCAAUGGUGGUGUUGCAAUGGUCGGCGAUGGCAUCAAUGACUCGCCCGCCCUCGUAGCUGCUACAGUCGGCAUCGCCCUCUCCUCCGGGACCUCCGUAGCCGUCGAAGCCGCUGACAUCGUUCUCAUGCGCUCCGAUCUCCUCGAUGUCGUCGCUGCGCUACACCUUUCGCACAGCAUCUUCUCCACGAUCCGGCGAAACCUCGUCUGGGCGUGUAUAUACAAUGUACUCGGUAUUCCGCUCGCGAUGGGUGUGUUCCUGCCCUUUGGACUAUAUAUGCACCCGAUGCUGGCAGGUGGCGCAAUGGCGUUCUCGUCGGUGAGCGUCGUGACGAGCUCGCUGAUGCUGCGGUGGUGGCGACGGCCUGUGUCGAGCGUGAUGCCUGGGGAGAUGGUGCCUGGGGAGACGUUGUUUGAGAGUGGGAUGAAUGCAUUGCACGACAUGUGGGAUUCGGUGGAGAGAUCGGUGAAGAGGGGGAGGGUGGAGGAGGGGUAUAGCCAGCUGCCGAUGGAAAUGUCGGAGAGUGUUUGAGUAGAAUGAGGUCUUGUGAAGUGUUGUAUAUAUACGUCAUGUAUACUUAGUCUUCCUGGGUGAUGACCAUGAUUAUCAUGAUCAUUACGAUGUACUCUGAGUUUCUUAAUCUAUAAUAAUUGUUACCAACGAUACUUGAUUUUAACAACACCUUCGGGGAAGUUGGCUCGGC